AUGGAGGAUUUGAGGCAACAGCUCGAAAUGCUUCGACAGCAGGUCAGUGUCUUGGUCUCUCGAGAAAGACCUAUCGAGGCUGUGUCACGAACCCAAGAUCUCCCUGCAUCAGCCUGGAUGCGCUCACCCCAAUCAAAUCCGGAUGUCUCGGCCUCCUCCGCGUCGCCUGUGCAGCAGCUUCUGAUGAACCAGUCGCCCACCAACUCAAGAGAUCUUCAGCGAAAUGGCCCAAUGAACUCAAAAGCGUCCCAGCCAGCGGCGACUGGGCCUCUCUCGAUCACAGAUGUGACCGAUAGUUCCUUCAUUGAUCAGUCGAAUGCUGUCACAAACCAGACAUCUACUUCUGGAAAAUUGGCCGUUGCAUAUCAUCCUCUGCUCUCACUUUCACCGGCCGAGGCGAUGCGCCUGGUUGAUGUGUACGAAGACGAAUGCGGAUCUGUCUACCCUUUGAUUGACAUUGAACAUCUACGUCAUUUUGUAACCCAGUUCUAUGAUAGUGUCACUGCGUCGAGAAAACCUGCGACUUGGCGCACCUUUAAACUCGAUCAAUCCUCAAAACGACACUUCAAUACUUUGGAGAUCGUUAUGGCCAUCGCAUUGGUAAUCGAAGGCCGCGGUGCAACUGAUCUCAGCACGGCAUUGAUGGACGAACUAGAAGCCGAAAUUGACCAUCGCCCGUCUGGAGUUUCUGCCGAUAACCAUCUUGCAGAGAUUUUGACACUCAUGAGUUUCUACCAAUUUUAUCGCGAUGAAGAGGUUCUUGCAUGGCGCACGAUUGGACUGGCUGCAAGGAUUGCUCUAGAAAUAGGCUUGCACCUUCGCGACCCACCAUUCGCCACAUUCAAAAGUACCCAGGAACGAGAACUAGCAAAUCGACUUUUCUGGUGCAUCUAUUGUCUAGACAGGCGUUGGUCUUUUGGGACAGGGCUCCCCUUUGGUAUACAAGAGGAUGAUAUUGACCCUAGCCUCCUCGAGCCGGAAGAUUCACCGCCCUACCUAUUUACAAGCAUGAUAGCGCACUCAAGGAUUGGGUCGAAGAUACUCAAAGCCUUCUCUGGCUCUGAACACCUUGAACUACCUGGAAAGAGAGAGGAAACCGCUUUUCUCAAGUACCAGGUUCAGCAAUGGUAUAUUUCGCUGACCCCCGAGCUUCGGAUAGACCAGCACCAGGAACUUGUUCUCGCAGACCUUUCUCCCGCCCGCAACAGACUUCGAAUUCUAAACUGUCUCCGAAAGAACCAAUUACUGAUGAUGAUCCACAGAAGGUCCCUGUUCGCAGAAACGUCCAUCGUUGCAGACCCCCAGGCAGCCAGGACAGCCGUUGAUCUAGCUAAAAGCACCAUAAAUUUACUAGAUCGGUUGGGCAAGACUUCCGAAAUCUACAACUGCCACGCAGCUUGCUUCAACUACUUUCUCUAUUCCGCCUUGAUUGUGAUCUUGCUUGCCGCCUAUCAUGCAAAAGCUCAAUUCCAUGAGUACUGUCGCAUGGAGCUCCACCUGGCCCUCAAUCUGAUUGGAGGGAUCUCGUCAAAAUCAAACAUCGCUAGAAAGCUGUGGAAGAUAAUCAAACACCUCAAAGUCACAAUACCUGAUACAGGUAUCCUUAAUUACAUGGAGACGCAGCAAGAAAAUCCUGGGCAGGAGCGAAACACUCUCAUUCAGGAGAACCCAACAGCAAGUGCUCACCAAAGCGAGCUGUUUAACACCACGAACAUGCAUGUGGGACGGGGUUCGACCACCGCAGCGGAGCUAGACGGAACCAGAAAUUCGAUUGCAUACGUCGAACCCGAUUUCUACUCAGACGACUACGCCGUGGAUGGUAGUAUGCUCAGUUCGGAACUUUCAGAUCUCUUUCACGCCAUUGACCCGACAAGAUCCGGUCAGACGCCACUGCAGUUGUUCGAACAGCAGAAUCCCUCCCAGCCUUCCACGUUUCAUAUGUCUCAACCAUUUCCGAAGGAUAUCAGGACUGUGUUCUAG